GAUGAAUCAUGCUUGGAAAAAGUUUGUUGUUGCUCCGAGAAGAAAGGAUCUAGGAGACUGCAUGCCACUGAGGUGCAUAGAAUAUGUCGAGAUAAAUGGCUUUCUUGAAUGGUGGCCGUUCAUUUUGCUUCGCCACUUGAUAGUUUCCUCGGUCGAAUUGCGCCGCGCGCACAUCACUGUAUCGCCCCCGAUACUCGGUUAUCUUUGCGGAGAAGCAACGACUUCCUCGCCUUGGUGCACCCGGCGUCGACUAUGCUUCGCCGUGAGCAGCGACGUUUCUUGGCGUGGGGGUGAUCUGCUGAGGUUGCGGCGUGCUGAGCGCUACUAGCGAAACGGUGCCUGCAAGUUUUCUUAGAACAUCCGAGAGGCGGAUAGUUGGCAUCAACGUCCGGAAUGAGCGGCCGACCAGGUCAAGGCAAGCCACCCCGUCGCAAGUGGGGUGCUGGCCCGGGCAAGUCGAGCACCGACAAACGUGCCACUGCUAGUACUGGCACCACUGGUAGCGAUGAUAGCAGGACACACUCGGCGAAACGACCACCCGCACCAUCGACAACAGCCGCCUUUGCGGGCAGUGGCAGUAGCACCUCUUCAAAGUCCCCGUCCAUCUCGGGAAAAUCAUCGGCUACAGCCAGUGCCAGCAGCAUCGACAAGAGCAAGCACGCACCAGCGUCUUCAGGCAACUCAUCCAUCUCCAGAACAGCUCUACCGCCGAGUACAUCGUUUGCUGCGGAACAAUCUGCACCUGCUGCAAAAGCUGAUGAUUAUGACGAGUUUCUGUAUAACCUUGAGGAGAAAAAUCGUCUCAAGAAAGAGGAACAAGAUCGCCAGGACCCGCAGCUGCAGCAGAAAGAGCAGGGCUUCAAGCUGUACGUCAAUGGCCCCCAUUCCAAAUCACGGCGCAGGACAGGUGCCGCAGCAUCAACAAGCAAGGGACUUCCAGCUGCUGGCAGACGGCCAGGACGGCACACGCACAGUAUGACUAAGACUGGAGAGAGAAAGACGAGAGCAAAGACGGCGCCCGGGAAGCGGAAAGCAUGGAAGCCGAGUGAAUGCAGUGUGAAGCAAGUCGAUGGCAGCUCCGUGCCCCUCACAGCACCAGGUAACCUAACUGGAGAGUAUGAAGAUGAUUUUGAGAGCUGUUCAAUGUCGGAUGACGAGAGCAGUACUAGCGGGCCCGACGAUGGAGACAGUGACGAUGUGGACAUGGAGGAACACGCCCGGCUGUCAGCCGAUGACAGUGAUAAUGACCAGACCCUGACACUGAGCAGGAAUGAUGUCACCAUGUUGCGACGUAGCCUGGAGGAGGAAGAGAUGAAACGACUGGCAGCGGAUGCCUUUUCCGACAGUGAUGAUGACUCCCUGGACAACGAGAUUGACGAGACUCUUGGCAGUACAGGAGAGGCUGAAAUCAGUGACCAGUGCAGGGACGACAGUCUGAACAGCAGCUCUGGUAGUGACGACAUGCACACUUCACUGCAUCAACAAGGCAUCGUGAUCAACGUCGAUGACGAUCGCAGUGCUACUGCUGCUGUCGCUGGUGUUGACGAUGGAGCGGAUUGCCGUGGUGCAUCAACCAAGCCUGGAUUUGUUACCUUGGCAUUCAGCCCAAGAAAGCCCAAGACAUUCGUAUCGUCUGUGUCGCGAAGGUCGCUGAAGUCGGACAGUCAGACGGAUUCCGAUACGGUCGCUGCCGACGUCUUGGCUGCUAUCGAUGCUGAGAAUCGCCAGCUAGAGAAGCACCAGGAGAAACAGAGCAACGUGGCAACUCUGAAACCCAUGGCCUUUGUCGUGCCAGUAGAGGCGGCUCGAGAUGACCCUAUCAACAAAGAGAACACUAGUAGAGCGAUGGACAAGGACACAGAAAAGUCAUUGCCCGAUGCCGACAUUGCUCUGGAAGUUGAUGACACGAAAGACUCUAUUGCGGCGCCGCCAACAGAUCGGAAACCGCCCAAGCCACCGGCAGAUCAAGCGAAGGCAGCGCCUCAAGUUGCUCCACAAUCUGAAAGUCUCAAGCAACCAACUGAAGCCGCCGCGCACACGGUUCAAUCAUCGGACAAACCCAAGCAAUCGUCCAUUCCGGUUUUGAAGAGUUCACCUCCAGUGCCGAGAUCAGUAGGCAGCGUCAGCGGCCAAACUGAAGAAUCAGCCGCGACAAUACCAACACUGGCAGCACCCAUGCCAGUGCCUCGGCGUAAACCGGAAGAUGUGCAGCCGGUAUCGGACAGCGUAUCCCAGAGUCCAGCAGCGUUGAAAACGCAUAGUACUACAAGCAAAAGCCAAGACUCUCCCGGACUCUCACUUCGCACUGCAGAACCACGUGAUCAGGAGCCUGUAGCUCAGGCAGCACCAGCAGCCCCAGCAGCACAGCGCUCUACGUGGGACAAGAGCAUCCCGGCCGGCUAUGCAGCCGAUAGGAAGAAGCCCGGGAAGAAAGGCCCGAUGAGGGCAAUUCACCCCAACCGGAAACAGGGCGGGGUCACUUCACCCGGACCUAAAACCGUUGUAGAAAAGGCAGCGGACAGAGCAAAGGAGUUAGAUGGCAGACAACAACGUAAGCUCCUGAAGAUGAUCCGCAAGAUUGACGACACACUGCCGCAGGAUGGCAAGCCCCCGGAUGGGACAGCUUCAACGAAUGAACAAGCCUCGCCAAACACGACUGGUGCUGUUAGCAAAGGGCAUGGCAAGGCCAAGGCCGCCAAGGCCAAGAAAGGCCAGGGAAACCUGUUUGUCACGCUGAAGCUCAUCACCAACUGGGGCCACGAGUCCAAGAUUGGACUGACGGAGGUUGAGUUUGUCACCAUGGACAACAAGCGACUGUGGCUGGGCAGUUGCCGUGUCCAGGUGUCCGUCAGUCUGGAGACGAAUCCGCAAGCCGCGUCCGCUUCUGCCGCUGCUCUGCUCAACGGCAAAACACGCGUUCACCAUCCGACGUUCAUGUGGACGACGGAGUACGAUCCGGACUUUCCCGUCUCGCUGACGUUUGAGCCCGGGUGUACGUUACGGGAGCAGGGUGACACCGAAAUUGACACCUCGGUGCCGCAGCUGAAGUCCAUUCGUGUCUGGAACUAUAAUAAGAGUGGCAAUGACUUGAGUAUGGGAGUUUGCCAAGCAGCUGUGCUGGUCAACAACCGAGAAGUUUGGAGCGGCGAGAUUAAUAAGGGCUGUGGCAAGUCACACACUGAUUACAGUACUACAAUAGGACUGGACAGGUUGCCAUGGUUAUCACAGCAGCCAAUCAGACCUGCUGCCUCCGAACCAUCCGACGUGGACUCCCCACAGGCAAAGGAAAAAGGGGGAAGUCUCUCCGACAUCACAUCGAGCAAGCCGCAGACACCGUCAGAGAAGUUACGUGGUAUUUUAGAUAUGCCUGAGCCAAAGAAACUCGACACUACGCUGCUGUUUGACGACGAGCCGCCUAAACCGUCGCACCCCAUGUCUGGUCGGAGAUCAGUUCAGAGUGAUGAAAUCGGCGAUCGUCCCAGGAGUGGAUCUCUCUCCAGUGGAAGGAGAUCAUCAACACCUGUGCUGCGCCAAGAUCUGGAUUGGUUCUCCAGACCCCCCGGAGAACGCUUGAAAACAGCGGUGUUGCAGCAGGGGAGGAGUAAGCUGCUCAUGACGCACAGCAUCUCCACGUCGGAACCGUCCAUCAGGUACUCGGGUGAGGAGAAAGAACAUGGCAUGGAUAUCAGCGACAUUGGAAGGGAUUCACAGGCUCCAAACUUACCAUUAAGAGUCCGCGACUUUGCACCCAACCCAUCCAGCGCUCCGCCCUCUUCGCGACGCAGAGGCAAUGAAAAUACCGACGGUGGUGCAGCUCAGGACCAAGACAUGGACGAUGACGAGAUGGCGAUGAGUUUCCCAUCCAGCUCCAGAGCACGGGCAGAAUCCGCUGGUUCCAGAGAUCGUCGACAGCAAAGUAUUUCUCGACUGGCGGGACUGGAAGAUGACGUCAGUGCCUCCGACGACGUUGACGCCGCAGUGCAGUCCAGUCGCCAUGGUUACCGUGCUCCCAGCGCCAUUGGACGGCAGUCCCGACACUCUCGUCCUCCGUCGAGUGACGCGCUGCCGUAUGCCUCGUCUCAGCAGGAGAUCGCGAACGUCACGUCUGAGUUUGUGGACGUCACUGGAACGCCGUCUCCGAUGCCAUUCGCACAAGAAGCGCAGCAGCACAGUGCGAGAGUGCAGUCUGGACGACGGUCACGCAGUGUUCCCUCACCUCAUGUCAAUGCUGCAGCAGGCGAUAGCCAUGCGCUCAGCUCCCUUCAUGGGAUGCAUGACCAUGCUUCAGCAGGACAGCAUGAUGACCAGCGGCAGCAACCACUGCCCACGCUUCCGGUUGAAGAUGCAUCCAGCGAGACAGCUGAUGUUGAACAGUCCUUGCUUAGCCUGCGCAAGUUCCAGCAAACCCAGCGAGGCCGUCUGGACACUGAGCUCACCCUGCACGACUCCGACGAUAUCCUCGAUGAAUUCUUAUCAGAUAUGGCCAUGUCACGACAAGCUGGUGAAGCAGACCAGCAAGCUACCUCUCAGGAUGGCGAGGGUGAAAGCGAAGAAGGUGACACGGUGUUCGAGAUCCCAGUGCUGCCGUUUGGAAAGCGCCUGCGGCUGGUCAUCUACAGCACCUGGGGAGACCGGCACUACGUCGGACUGAACGGCAUUGAAAUGUUCUCGGCGGAUGGACGGCCGAUCAAAGCAAGAAAGAUCACAGCUGACCCUGCAGACAUCAACACGCUGCCUGGGUAUUCGGCAGACCCGCGUGUCGUCAUCAACCUACUGGAUGGUGUCAACCACACACGCGAUGAUUUCCACAUGUGGCUAACACCAUUCACACUCGGCAAGGAACACACUGUUAGCGUCACAUUCACCGAGAGUGCCAGUGUGGCUAUGAUUCGUGUAUGGAACUAUAACAAGUCACGGAUUCACUCGGCGCGUGGUGCUCGGCAUGUUGCCAUUCUCCUGGACGACGUAUCGAUCUUUGAAGGAGAGAUUGCCAGAGCAUGUGGAGGGCUGAAUGGCAGUAUGGACGCAUUCGGUGACACAAUUGUGUUCACCACCGACAGUGAUAUUCUGAAUUGUGUGGGUGAACAUGACGACUGGUUUCAACGUGAAGCGGCUGUUCUGGCAUCGGAGAACACGUUCACUAGAGACAACAUGCCAGACGGAGAGCGACCUGGUACUGCAACCCUGGUGGAGAAUAAUGAACCGGCUGAAGACCGUCCUGAGACAAGAGCUGGCCCAGUUUCGGACGGUAAUACUCCACGUUGGAUGGAGAAGAAAGUGAGUAAACGGAGCCAGUGGAAAUCUGGACCAAACCCACGUGUUGGCAGAGUGUUGGAAUUACAGUUUACUUCGACAUGGGGUGAUGGGGAUUUCAUCGGACUGACCGGGCUACAGGUUAUCGGAACGCGUGGCAAGCCAAUCACGCUCACUGAGGACCAGUUAGAUGCCAACCCUCGUGACAUCACCAUUCUGGAGGGCUGUGAAGAGGAUGUUCGACUGCUUGGAAAUUUGCUCAGUGAUUGCUCCGUAACCAUGGACGACAGUCACAUGUGGUUGGCGCCGUACGAGCCUGGCAUUGCCAACAUCCUGACAGUGGACUUUGGCACCGAGACUCACGUCACCGGGAUUCAGAUCUGGAACUACAACAAGACGCGAGAGGAUACGUGCCGUGGGGUCAAGAUUGCACACGCAUUCCUGGACGGUCAGAGUAUCUCACCCAAUACGGGGUACCUUGUGCGCAAAGCUCCUGGUAAUUGCAACUUUGACUUUGGACAGACUAUCUCGUUCGGUCCAGCUCUGUCAGGCUCUGUUUCCUCAGUGCCUUCGUCAAUACCAACACGAUCUCCCAGGGACCAGACAUCUCCCGGCCUUCCCACAGGAUUCAUAUUCAAGCUGCGUUUGCUGACGACGUGGGGAGACCAAUUCUACGUGGGUCUCAAUGGCGUACAGCUCUGUAACGAACACGGCCAGCUGCUGGAACCUCAUCUGGUUACGGCGUUCCCGGAGAGCUGUAAUGUUUUACCGGACGUGAGAAAUGACUGUAGAACUCCAGACAAGCUGGUGAACGGAGUCAACGACACGUUUGACGGCCGAGAAAUGUGGCUAGCGCCAAUACUACCCGAAGUGGUCAAUGAAGUGUACCUUGUUUUCGAGGUACCUGUCAGCGUGUCAAUGGUCAAGCUGUGGAACUACGCCAAGACUCCCGGUCGAGGUGUCCGCGAGUUCUCGUUACUCGUUGACGAUCUGAUGGUGUUCGGCGGUGUUCUGGAGCAGGCCGGUGGCAGCACAUCGGGAAUACUGCCCACGUGUCCGCCUCCAGUGGAGCAUCGCACCAUACUGUUCACCGAGGAUCGGGAAGCCGUCAUGGCCGAACGCGAGUUCCUCAUCAGGCAGCCCAAGUGUCAGGAGAGCAUUCCCAUGGAAGACAUCGGCAGGAGUGCAGAUGGUCUUCACGGGACUACCUCACGGAAGCCACCCCAGGCGAUACGUCCGCCCACAAGUAUGCCAGCAUCGGGAAAUCCACGUGCGUAUCAACGCUAGUACCUCACCAUGGAGCAAAACUCCGAGCAGAGCAGUGCAAUACUGAAGUAUUCAGAAUUAUCAUUCUAUUGUCCUCAUCCCCGCAAUGCAUCGUUCAGGUCUCGCCGCCAUGGACUGGAGUAUUGACAGCAACCAUUUUGUUCUCGUAAACCACAUCAAUGUGUUCAUUUUUGCAGCCGGAAUGUCAGUUACUUCCCGUAGUAACCCUUCUCUGCUUGUACCAGCCUUUCAGUUUUUUCUAGCUCGUUAUCCCGCAAGCCUUCCCGUUUCUGCUCCGCUUUUCCAGCUUACCUCCGGCUCAGCUAGAUCACGGUAGCCUUGUUUCAGUCCGUCUUGAGUUAAUCAGCCCGCUCUAGGAAAGGUUCAAGCAUUGGAAUGCAACCAAUCGUCGCUGUGCUGUUAUCGAUUCUGAUAUAUCACGUGAUACCUCUGUACAGUAGAUGUGUUUCUACUAUUCGUUCGUUUUGAAUUUUCUGAACAUAAUCAUUUUCAUCAAAAUUUGUCACACGCUCUCUGGUUCUUAAUUUA